AUGGCCCACAAGACACUCACCAUCCAUCGACAUUUUCUGCUCAACAGUUUUUCCGAUAAACGGUUUGCUUAUACACAGCUCACUUGUGUUGCCAUCGCAGAGAGAUGCAUCGUUGAUUUCCAUGCAUGGCCCAAAGAUGUAUGGGGUUCCAUCGCGUGUCGAAUGUGGACUGUCUCGUCACAUCUUGUAACUUGCUGCCUUAUUGUCACAUUUGCAUUCUUGUUCAGACGGGGGAACGAGCUCUCGCACAACUACGUUGCGACGCGACGGUUAGCAGAACUUGGUCGCAAUAUGGUGCGCCAAUUGGAAUCUUCCAGUUCCAUUGCUAGACGAGGUGGAGUGUUGCUGGAUGUUUUACUGCGCCUUGAUGCUGCGAAACCUGGCGAACGCGGCGUAGAGCUUGAUCUACCCGAUAUUGUCCGGCAGGUCUCCUUUACCGAAGAGACCCAGGAAGAGGAGCGACUACAUGGGACGGAACAAUUUGUUUUGCAGAUGAGCUCGGAUGUUUGGGACGAAAUCUUUAGUGUUACACAGUUUGACGUGACUGGCUGGCUACAAGACGUCGGGUCCUAG